GUAUGCAUGAGUUCUUUUUGAUAAGGAGUUGGGUAGACGAUGAGAAGAUGUAAAUACUUCUUCUUGGAGCAUGUAUUUAUAUAUCUACAAUAAGUCUUUCACAAUAUAACGUAAGUACAAUACAAGUGAUCAAAGCUAUGAUGUCAUUCGAUAAGCUUUAGGUGCAGUUUAGGCAUACGGCGACAUGAUUCGACCUAUCUUAGCAUUGUGAGAGUCACCUCGAUUUGUGCAUCAAUCAGGUCGUUGGUACCUGAUAAUCAACACAUUUUGUUGGAAAAGCUGUUUUGAUAAAAGCAUUGAUAUUGUGAGGAUUUGAAACUGUUUUCAUGGCGACAAGUGCACCAACGGCCGCUUCAUUCCGUCAAGAGAAAGUCAAUUACAUUAGGCUCUCAAAUCUUCUGAUUGACAUAGGAAGAAAAGUUUUAAAAGACAUAUUUGAUUCGAUUCACAAACCCGCUAGUCUCCAUGGAGUACUGUGGUCAAGUCCUGUUCAUAACACGCUGAAAAAUCUCAAAUCAAAAAGGGUUUUGUACACUCAGCAGUGGGAAACUCUGUAUCCCAGCUCAGGCAGUGCAACAUCUGUCAAUUUUGAUAUAACACUACUGUUCCUUCUGUUGAGAAAUGUUUGUGGACUGAAAGCUCCAGGUUCAGGAUGGGAUGAUGCACCUUUGCCAGCAGACAUAAGUUUGGAAGCCGAUCUUGUGCGAAUAAAAAGGUGUCGUAAUAAUCUAGCACAUAACCCAGCACAGGCGUUACCUGACAGUGAAAUGGAGAAACAUUGGGUUGAGAUGGAGACAGUGUUGACCAGACUUGGUGGGCAUCGCUAUUGGCCAGAAAUCCAGCGUCUAAAGUUUGAAGCUGUUGAUCCCGCAAAUGAAAAUAUUGUACUCCUAAAUGUAUGGGAAGAAGGAGAAAGAAGUACCCUGGAUGCAAUACACAGAUUAGAGAAGAGAUUUGAUCAAAUUUCACUGAAUACUCCACCAGGUAGGGCCAAUUUGAACAUUAUUUUUGAUGUAAAAAAUAUAUUUUUCAUUUUGCAAUCUGUGACUGUUUGGGGACUCAUUCGCCCCCCUCUUCCCCCUCUGCAUCUUCGGAACCAAUUCAUCUACAUGACCAAGACUGGCCUAGGGUGUCCAUUGUCCUUUGAGUACAGUCUUAACUGUCCCCAAGGGAUAACAUGGGACAAUCCUCAACAGUCCCUUGUCCCUUGGCUAUACCCUGUAGUAUAAAGGGUGUCUUUCCCAAUCCCCUUGUCCCCAUGGGAAGCUCUAGGACAAUCCUCAACAGUC